GGAAAUGGUGCUUUUGGGGUUUAUGCUUCUUCUUCUUCUUCCUGUUUCUGCUCUAUUACUUCUUCAAGUCAGCAACUCCGUCCAUGCUUUUCCAUGGAACCAUCCUCACCACGCCAUUCAUCCCCACCGUGGCGGCUAUCAUGGACCAUGGAUCAAUGCCCAUGCCACAUUCUACGGCGGCGGUGAUGCUUCCGGCACAAUGGGUGGAGCAUGUGGGUAUGGGAACCUGUAUAGCCAAGGAUACGGUGUUAAUACGGCAGCAUUGAGUAGUGCGUUGUUCGACAAUGGGUUGAGUUGUGGCGCAUGUUAUGAGCUAAGGUGUGUCAAUGACCCUAAAUGGUGUCUGCCUGGUUCAAUUGUGGUCACCGCCACUAACUUCUGCCCGCCGGGUGGGUGGUGCGACCCUCCUAAUCACCACUUUGAUCUCUCUCAGCCUAUCUUCCAACACAUUGCUCAGUACAAAUCUGGAAUUGUCCCAGUCAUUUAUAGAAGGGUGAGAUGUAGGAGAAGAGGGGGAAUAAGGUUCACCAUUAAUGGACAUUCUUACUUCAAUUUAGUGCUCGUAACCAAUGUUGGUGGCGCCGGGGAUGCUCACUCCGUCGCCAUUAAAGGUUCGAGGACCAGAUGGCAACCAAUGUCCAGAAACUGGGGCCAAAACUGGCAAAGCAAUGCCUACCUUAAUGGCCAAACCCUCUCAUUUCUCGUUACGGCCAGCGACGGCCGCAGUGUUCUCUCAUACAACGUCGCUCCUCCGAGUUGGUCCUUCGGUCAGACUUACACCGGCCGCCAGUUCCCAUUUUAAGUUUGAGAUUUAAAUAACGAUCGCCACAUAAUAGAUUAUUUUUGCAG